AAAGCAGUUUCUUUUCUAAAUUUUCGCAAUUUUUAAUGCAAAUGUUCUUCCACUUUCUCUGCCUCGAGAAGGAGAAACUUGAAACAUUUUGAACCUCUCCUUCCUUCCUUCUCCAUGUUUCACCCAAUGGAGCAAAGCGCCAAACGCUCCCAGUACUCUCUGCUCCACUUCUCGUUUCUUCAACUGCACCACCUCAAAAGAUCCAUGCUUUCUCUACUCUUCUCCCUACCCACAUCAUUUUUCGCUCUCUUUCUUCUCCUCCUUUUAUCUUACAACGCUUUCACCGUCUUCUCUGUCCAUGUCCCUAAAUCCCCAACCACCACCACCCUCUCCAACUCCAAGUUCUCUUCUUCCCUCAAUUCACCUCUCUUCAAGAACCCCCACUUGCCCCUUCUUCAAAACUCCACUGAAAGCUUUUCCUUUUCAACUAUUCAGAGGCCUAGUAGAAGAGUCAAGAAGCACAAGCGUGGCCUCAGAAGCGUGCGUUCAGAAUCUCACUUCCCAGUUCCAUUUUUCCAUGCCAGACUCAAAGCAUUCUUCAACAAUUCUCAUUCUUCUUGCAAGGAGAGGUUCUUCAUGACUUGGAUUUCUUCCUUGAAGGGAUUUGGUGAGAGGGAGUUAUUCUCUAUGGAGAGCUUGUUCAAGUCUCACCCUGAAGCUUGUUUGGUCAUAGUGUCAAAGUCCCUAGACUCUAACGCUGGAACUCAGAUUCUGAAACCAUUUGUGAGCAACGGUUUCAAAGUCAUGGCUGUUGCUCCAGAUUUCGGUUACAUAUUCAAGGACACACAUGCUGAAACAUGGUUCAACCGUUUGAAGGAAGGGAAUGUGGAUCCUGGUGAAGUCUCUUUGGGGCAAAACCUCUCCAAUUUGCUUAGGCUUGCUCUCUUGUACAAGUUUGGAGGCACUUACAUAGACUUAGAUGUUGUGGUUUUAAAGAGCUUCUCCAAGCUGAGGAACACCAUUGGGGCACAGAACUUUGAUACCAAAACCGGCAAGUGGAGCCGCUUGAACAAUGCAGUGUUGAUAUUUGACAAGAAGCACCCUUUGCUUUUCAAGUUCAUUGAGGAGUUUGCACUCACCUUUGAUGGGAACAAGUGGGGGCACAAUGGUCCUUACUUGAUCUCUAGGGUGGUGUCUAGGGUGAGUGGGAGACCAGGAUUCAAUUUCACUGUGCUUCCUCCUUCUGCGUUCUAUCCUGUGGAUUGGAGAGGGAUUAGGAGUUUGUUUAGAGAUGAGAUUAGUUCCAAAUGGUUGAUCAAUAAAAUGGAGCAAAUUCGCAAAGAAAGCUUUGCAGUGCACCUGUGGAACAGGCAUAGUAGGAAGCUUAAAGUAGUCAAGGGAAGCAUUGUGGAUAGUAUCAUUUCUAGUUGUUGCAUCUUCUGCAACAUUUAGCUAGUUUUUAUGUUUGUAAUUUUUACUUUAUAUUAAUCAGAGUUUGUAAUUAGUGAGUUAGAUUGUUAGAAUGACAAGUUUUAAGUUAAAAUAGUCAUAAGCAAUGUUUGUGUUGCAUAUUGUUAUGGGGACCAAUUGUGUCUCGACUAUAUAUAAACAAAGGAUAUAUUAGAAGGUUAAAAUUGGAACCUUCACCCUUGUAUAAUA